AUGGAAAUUUGCUGCUUAGAGGAAUGUACUGCAAAUUCAGUGCGGCCAAUGCUGGUCGCUCCGAGAUGUGAUGGUGGCCGGCCUGUCGAUUGCUACCCUUGUCUUCCGGCGUGCACUAAAACAUAUUAUUGCUGUGAAAAACCAAAACCGAAGCGAUGUCGCGAGGAAAAUUCUUGUCGAGGCGAGUGUCCUCAUAGACAAUAUAAGACCGAAUGUCGACCAUGUUCACCGCGUAACUCUCAUCAGGAGUGCUACGUCGUUCGCCCGCCGUCGCCUCGGCCGUCGUGUUGCGAGCUGCAGUGUAAACCGACCAAGACAAAGUACAUUAUACCGUGCUAUCGAUAUGAAGAUGGACGCAUUGCUAACCAACCGACGGUGCUGAUGCGGCGCGCCUGCGAAGUGGCAGUCGGCAGGCGCCCGCGCAAGAGGCCCUACGAAGAGAGCCGCUUCAUUAAAGACGCUGACCACCAGGAAUCACGUUACAUGAGGGAAGAUGAAGAGACAACACGGCGUCCUAAACCCGCAGUGCAAUCAAAUGGAAAAACGAAGAUUGCGAGGAUUAGGAGGAGGCAAUAAAACCGCAAUAAACUAAGGCGUUGAGAAAUAACAAUAAAAACAACUUUAGUGUUAUUUUUGUGUAA